UAUGAAUUCAAAAAGUCGCUCACAUCAUCUGGAAGAAACAGUCCACUGAUAUACAACGAAAAUGAAGUUAAUAUUCCUCGUAGGCGUUAUUUUUUCCCUGUCUGACCUUUCACUGGCUCUAAAGAAUCCGAUCUGUGGUCAAGAACCGGGCAAGCAGGGCAAAGGUGAAUUGAUUUGCUUUGCAUAUAUUCCGAAAUUUUCCUAUUAUCCCGAAAAGAACGAGUGCGUAAAAUGGAUAUACGGAGGAUGUGGUGAGAACGAUAAUAUUUUCGAAAAGAAAGAGGAAUGCGAGUCUAAAUGCAAAGAAUAGUCUAUAUGCUGAGUGAAUAAUAAUUUUUACGAAAAAAUUGGUCAGCAAUAAAGGCUAUUCAGUUAAAAA